AUGAACCUAGUGGGCGGCUACCCCCAUCCACACCCUCACCAUCACCCCCCUCACCCUCAUCCCAUGCUGCACGAACCCUUCCUCUUCGCUCCAGCCUCACGGUGUCAUCAGGAGCGGCCUUAUUUCCAGAGCUGGGUGCUGAGCCCCGGAGACGUCGCCCCAGAUUUUCCUGGGAGGCGACCGCCGCCCGCUGCCUACAGCCCGGAUGCGGCCGGGACCGCGGGGCCAGCGCAGAGCCCUGGCAGGCUGGAGGCGCUGGGUGGCCGCUUGGGCAGGCGGAAAGGCGCGGGGCCCAAGAAGGAAAGGCGGCGCACAGAGAGCAUCAAUAGCGCCUUCGCAGAACUUCGCGAGUGCAUCCCCAACGUGCCCGCUGACACCAAGCUCUCCAAGAUCAAGACCCUCCGCCUGGCCACCAGCUAUAUCGCUUACCUCAUGGACGUGCUGGCCAAGGACGCUCAGGCCGGGGACCCUGAGGGCUUCAAGGCGGAGCUCAAGAAAGUGGACAGCGGCCGCGAGAGCAAGCGUAAGAGGGAGCCGAGUCAGUACGAAGGGUAUCCUCAGCCCCUGGGACCCGGAGAGAAAAAGAUUAAAGGGCGGACAGGCUGGCCACAGCAAGUCUGGGCUUUGGAGCUCAACCAGUGA